UCUUCGAAAGAAGAAAAAAAGGCGAACAAACCUUUAUCUGCUGUUCCUCACGACAGGAAUGCUAAAUUUAGAGCCUCUAUACUCUGUUAAAUGCGUUUCAGUACGCGUUCUUAUAUGUCACUGCAACUCCGUUUUGCUUGCAUCCUCACCUCGUACUCUAAUCAGUGUCUUCCGGCCAAAUUGAUUUAAACAAUGGUGGUUUUAGUGUAUCUCGUUCUCUCAUUUGGGUUCUGCUUUCCAGAAGCCGUUACCUCUGUUCCUAGGGAUGUAAUGUCGCUUCUUAGCUUCAAGAGUUCCAUUUCUUCCGAUCCCUCCAACGUUCUUUCCGACUGGAAUCCGGCUGAGAACCAUUGCCACUGGUAUGGAGUCACCUGCGAUCGAUUAACUGGCGCAGUCAUAGCUCUUAACAUCACGGGGACUGUGAGUUCACGUUCGCCUCUGUUAAGCUUCGAUUCUACCUCGAAAGAGCCACUACCAUUUCUCUCCGGAACUCUGCCUGCUUCCCUUGGGAACCUAACUGAACUUCGGGUUCUGUCGCUUCCUUAUAAUGGGUUCUAUGGGGCGAUACCGGCGGAGUUCGGAGCGCUUCGUUCACUACAGAUACUCAAGCUUCAAGGAAACAACUUCUCCGGAUGGAUUCCUGACCAGAUGAGAUAUCUCUCUUCUCUUAGGAUUCUUAAUUUGUCCUUUAACUCCUUUUCUGGUCCUAUCCCGGAGAAAUUGAUCGGUUCGUCUGGGCUCAGGGCUAUCGAUUUGUCUUAUAAUCAGCUUUCUGGAGCAAUUAAGAUCGAUCCUUCCAGUGGGUGCGAGUCUCUUCGUCAUUUGAAGCUUUCUGGUAAUCUUUUGGUGGAUAAGAUUCCACCGGAGAUCGGAAACUGCUCCAAUCUGAGGACUCUUCUGCUUGACGGAAACAUUCUCGAAGGUCGGAUUCCGGCUGAGAUUGGGAAUAUAUUAGAGCUUCGUACUCUAGAUGUUUCUAGGAACAGUCUCAGUGAUAGUAUUCCAAAAGAGCUAGCUAAAUGCCGGAAGCUAUCUGUUAUCGUAUUGACGAAUUUGGUCGAUCCCAUAACCUUCGAUGAUAGCUCGAUAGAGACUUCUGAAGUAGAAUUCAAUGCUUUUGUGGGAGGAAUUCCUUCUGAGAUAUUCUUGCUUCCGAACCUGGAGAUUCUCUGGGCUCCGAGAGCCAACCUCGGUGGUAGAUUGCCAACUAGUUGGAAUGAUUCCUGUCAACUGCGAGUGGUCAACUUGGCGCAGAAUUAUAUUGCCGGCCCGCUGCCAGGAGCUAUGGGGCUGUGUAAAUGUCUCUCCUUUCUGGAUUUGAGUUCGAAUGUUUUGCAGGGAUUCCUUCCUCCACAGAUGCCGGUUCAGUGUAUGUUUUAUUUUAACAUCAGCCGCAAUGCUUUAUCUGGUUCAUUGGCAGUAUUUCCAAAUAGUAGUUGUCUUAGCAGUUUGAACUCAGAGAGCCAAGAUAAUAAUGUCUUAAACUUUCCGAUGCAUAAACUCUUUGGAUCAAUGUUUAGGGAGGAUUCUGUAGUUUUCCAUGACUUCAGCUGGAAUGGCUUCUCUGGUUUAUUGCCAGUAUUUUCGCUCGGAAACGAGUUACUACCCGCUGGACAUAGAACAUCAUACUGGUUGUUACUGAACAAUAAUCAGUUCAAUGGGUCUCUUCCAGAUAGGCUUUUCUCCGAUUGCGAAAAACUGCAUACCUUCACUGUUAAUUUGAGUGUAAACCAUUUAUCUGGUGGAAUUUCCCAAGGUCUGCUUCUCAGCUGUGUACAGCUUAUGGGCUUUGAUGCAGCUCACAAUCAGAUUGGGGGGUCAAUCCCUUCUGGAAUCAGCAAUUCUCAGUUCCUUCAACGCCUUGACUUGAGAGGAAAUAGGUUCAGUGGAUCUGUGCCUAUUCAGUUGGGGAAAUUAAAAGAUCUGAAAUGGGUUCUUCUGGGUGGGAACCUUUUAACUGGAGAAAUCCCUGCUCAGCUUGGCCAAUUGGCUUCUUUGAUGGUUUUGGACUUAUCUUCAAAUGCUCUAACAGGAUCCAUCCCUGCAAGUUUGGCAGAUGCUUCUAACCUUGAGGUUUUGUUGCUUGAUCACAACAAGCUUUCUGGGGAGAUCCCUACAUCUCUGUCAAAUCUCAUAAGUCUUUCUCAAAUGAAUGUUUCUUUCAACAAUCUUUCGGGUUCGAUACACUAUCUUCGUCACUUCAGUGAUUGUGAUUGCUUCAGAGGAAAUCCAUUCCUGCAGCCAUGCCUAGAUCCACAGUCAGCCCCCCCAGCUGAGCUUCCAUUCCCAGUUGAAGUGCAAGAGUGGCGGAAGAGUCAAUCGAAAUCAUCGAUUAUUGCAAUGGCAGCCUCCGCAUCAGUUAUAUUCCUUAUUCUCCUAGCUAUUGUCCUACUCCUGACAUUUGGAAGGAGACAGUUCAGUAGACUCCCCAGCCCAAGGAGUAAAGAAGUUGUGACAUUUACUGAUGCUCCAUCUGAGUUGAAUUAUGAGAAUGUGGUUAGAGCAACUGGCAAUUUCAGCAUCCGGAACUUGAUUGGCAUGGGUGGCUUUGGAGCAACUUACAAGGCAGAGCUGUUCUCGGGUUUCUUAGUAGCCGUGAAGAAGCUCUAUUUAGGCAGAUUUCAAGGCAUUCAGCAGUUUGAUGCAGAGAUAAGAACUUUAGGGAGGAUACGGCACAAGAACCUUGUUACUCUUAUUGGAUACUAUAUGGGAGAAACUGAGAUGUUCCUAAUUUACAACUAUCUAUCAGGUGGAAAUCUCGAAACUUUCAUACAUGACAAACUAGCCAAAAAUGCGCAGUGGCAUAUCAUCUGCAAGAUAGCUCUACACAUAGCACAGGCUUUGGCUUAUCUUCAUUAUUCUUGCGUGCCUCGAGUAAUUCAUCGGGACAUUAAGCCUAGCAACAUCUUGCUGGAUGAGGAACAUAAUGCCUAUCUAUCAGAUUUUGGAUUGGCGAGGCUUCUUGAAGUUUUUGAAACCCAUGCCACUACAGAUGUGGCUGGCACAUUUGGGUAUGUGGCUCCAGAAUAUGCAACGACUUGCAGGGUGUCUGAGAAAGCAGAUGUUUAUAGCUAUGGUGUGGUGCUCUUAGAAUUGAUGUCUGGGAAAAGGACUCUGGAUCCAUCAUUCUCCGAGUAUGGCGAUGGGUUCAAUAUAGUGGCAUGGAGCAAGUUGCUAAUCAUGGAAGGGCGAGCAUCUGAGCUUUUCUUCCCAGAGCUGUGGGAUGCAGGGCCCAGAGAGAAUUUGUUGAGGUUAUUAAGGCUAGCAUCAACCUGCACAAUGGAGUCACUUUCUGUACGGCCAUCAAUGAAACAUGUUGUCGAGAAACUUAAACAAUUGGCGACCAUGUAAAAGAUAGUUAUAUUGUCUGUACUCUGGUAAUUCGAGUUGUAAUAAAACUAAUGACAAGAUUAUGGCA